AAAAAUUAUUUGUCGGAAAUCAUGGAUCGAUUCAAUUCCUAAAGUACAGCCGCCAGAAGCUUAAGUUCCUGGCAAAGGCAUCAUCAAACUGGAUAUCACACACGUGGCACAUUUUCAAAGGAUAAUGGAAAGUUUUAGUGAAAAUUGGCUCAAGCUAGUCCAAGAAAAAAAAAAAUCUAGUUGGCUUAGUGCUAUAUAAGCCACGAAAUUCUCAGUACACAAUCCAAAAUCAGUUUUUUUCUGAAACUUACCAAUAAUGGCAACACUUUUACAAAUCUCCCUUACAUUCUCCUCCUUCAGUUCUUCAAAUGAAGAGUUUUGUGAAAAACCCAUUUCCCGUUACUCUCUAAAAGGACCCAAAAUUGCUUCUUUGCAGCAAAAAAGGUUCAAGUCCGGAGCUUUUACGGGGCAAAGAUGGAGUUUUGGGGAAGUGGGCAGGGGCAAAGAUGGGAUUUUUGUGAAAGAAGAAGGGUGGAAGAGGAAGAGACGAGUGGUUUUGGUGAAGUUUAAUCAGGGUUUUGGGUUUAAUGGUGGUGGCGGUAGUGGAGGUGGAGCUGGUGGUGGUGGAGGUGGGAACAUUGAUAGUAAUACUGCUAGGCUCCUGGGAAAUAUUGCUUUGGCUAUUGGGUUGAUUUAUCUUUCAAUGACUGGACAGCUUGGCUGGGUUUUAGAUGCUAUUGUCUCCAUUUGGCUUCUAGCGGUGCUCGUACCCAUUGUAGGUUUGGGAGCCUUCCUCUGGUGGGCAGGCCGAGAUAUUGUUCAAAGCAGUUGCCCAAACUGUGGAAAUGAUUUUCAGAUUUUCAAGUCUUUUCUAAACGAUGAGUUACAGCUGUGCCCUUACUGCAGUCAGCCAUUCUCUGUGGUGGAUGACAAGUUUGUUGAGGAACCUGUAAAGUUCUCCAACCAAACUUCAAGAUCAAAACAAGCAUUCAAUGGUUUCAACCCUGGCUCCAAGAAAGGAAAGGAUUCUUCAGCUGCAGUUGUUGAUAUUGAGGCUGAAGUAAAAGAUGCAGACUGAAGGCUAUCAUACAUGGUUGGAUGCAUUUGCAAAAAAAUUCUCAUCGUAAUUCAAAUGGAUAAGGUGCAACCCACCAUAGCGAAUGAGCCAUGCAACACUGCUACGAUCCAUGAAUGGAGUAAACCCGGUAAUAUUUAUAUAACAGCAGCUAUUUCCAUAAUCACUGCAGUUCAAUCCAGAGGAGGUGGAACAGCUGAUAAACCAAUUGGCUAUACUACCAAUACGGCAUAAAACUGUCCAUCAGACGACUGAGAACUAUUAUUCUGAAGAAGACAGGUAAUGAAAACCAAGAAUACUGACAUUGAAGGGGCUGCCAGAACUGCUCUAGCCCCUAGGAGACCCCAUACUGCUUGGUUUUGAGUAAAAUGAAUGUUGAUCAAAUCAUUUGCAGCCAAUCAAUUGUAAAUCUCAGCACUUCAGUUAGGAACCCUUCUGAAAUCCAAGGUUUAGAUGAAAAAUUUUUUGUUCCAAGUUGUAUGGUUGGAAACCAGUUUGACAAAUAUAUCUGGAAAAUUUUUCAAAGUUGCAUUAAAUUACAGUUAAUGUCAUUGUCACAAACAAAUUCAGAUAAGAAUUUUCAGAUUGUAUAACAUUACCUUAUGUCAAAAACAUUUAGAAAGGAAAAUGCUUCUUCGUAUACAGAUGAAGCUAUAUGGUUUUCUGACAAAAGUUGGCUCUACAUUUCGUCAUCAACCCAUGAAAUUUCACCGGUAUCUGGUGAACUAUCUAUUCCUUUGGCCAUGUUCUUCAGAAUCUUACCAUAAAUAACUUCAUUUUUUUAUCUUUUUCAUUCCAUAAGUUCCGAGUAAUAAUUAUUUUGUUUUAUUCUUUUUUUAUCCUUUCAUAUUUGCACUUGGAAAAACCUUAACAGCUUAACCAGUAUGACAUGACUAUCUAAGACACUAACAACAGAGAACGUGGAGAAAUGUAAUUGAUGGGCCUGGAGAAGCUUGGAUAUUUCCAUGCUUCAUUAAGCAAAGCAAGAGCAGAUCGAAGUCAUCUGCUAUUCCUGUUGGUUGGCUUGAACUUGUUUGCCGAAAACAUGUCACAGAUGGCAAUGUCUUUACCACAAAUCCAUGAUGUACUCAGCUCAGAACUCAAGUGGAGAAAAAUUAUUCUGCCACUUUCAAGAUUCCAAACAUUGCAAUUCGAAGUAUAAUUAGAGUUUUUAUCCAAUUCCAUGAAGAAAACUUACAAUUCACAAGAACAAUAUCAUUAAAUUGGCUGACAGAAAAGCCCUUGGAGACCACAAAUUGCUUGGUUGCGAAGAAUAUGAUUCAUGAUAAUUGCA